AUGUGGAUUUGGGGACAUGUUCAAGAAGAAGUGCCGGUCCGGCUCAAUGGCGGUUGUGCGUAAGUGAGCAGGGGGAAAUUGGGAAGGAACGUGCUGCUUGGUCUUUGGCAGACUUGUCAUUAGUAAACCCAGACUAAACCCAGGCUGUUUAAAUUAAAACUUGUAAAAUACGAAAGAAUAAAUCCAUUGCUUAUUCAAUUUUUGUAAUAUUACAGCCUGUCUCAUGGGAAAAACUUGCGUCGUGGGCAAGUUCGUUUGUGAGGAUGUGGGAGGGAAGAAAUAUUGUUGUACACCACCAAAAGAUACUACUCCCACCACGCCGACAACGCCUACAACUCCGACUACACCAACGACGCCUACAACACCCACAACGCCUACAACAACACCUACUACUCCCACAACACCUACCACGCCUACAACACCCACAACGCCUACAACAACACCUACUACUCCCACAACACCGACGACUCCAACUACUCCAACUACUCCUACCACUCCGACUACGCCCACAACACCUACAACGCCAACAACACCUACUACGCCAACGACGCCCACUACUCCAACUACGCCUACAACUCCGACUACACCAACGACGCCUACAACACCUACCACGCCUACAACACCUACCACACCGACAACACCUACUACUCAGACGACGCCCACUACUCCAACAACGCCUACGACUCCGACCACGCCAACCACACCUACAACGCCAACCACACCUACAACGCCGACUACACCCACAACACCGACUACUCCCACAACCCCUACGACUCCCACCACGCCCACUACACCCACGACUCCCGCCGCAGCUAG